AGUAGGAGAGAGAGCGAGUGGCAAGCUUUGAAAGUUCCACCCUGAGAGAGAAUCAGGCAGGACAGCUGCUUGGGGUAGACCCACUGCAGAACCCACAGCCCGGAGGAAGCUGCAGAGGCGGGCCGAGAGCGCUGAUGAAGCAGGGAUGAAGCGGAGUCGUGGGCCUGGAUUAGGAAGGAGAAUCGGGGCUUUGCAGUCCGCUCAGCGCACUCUGCGUUCAGGAAGGCGACGUCACGGGCCACGGCCGUGAAACAGGUCCGGGGUACGCGAGCAGAAGAGGAACCCGCGAUGAAAAUCGGGAACUAGACAGCAGAGAGCAAGGGUACAUCACAAUAGCACUACCUGAGGGAGAGAGAAGUAGUGGGGCAGAGAACAGAGAAAAAAGAGGGAAGCUGAGAGCAAACACCGGAAAAGAGAAAGAGAAAGUGAGAGAGAGAGAGAGAGAGAGAGAGAGAGAGAGAGAGAGAGAGAGAAAGUGGGGUUUUUAGAGAGAGGUUUAGUGAGGGAGAGCCAGCAGUAUAGACGGAGGGAGAGAGACAGAGACACACACCAAAAAAGGGCUUGAGCCAGUGCUAGAAUAUCUGAUAGCUUGACAAACACACAGACACAGAGGGACAAGAAUAGGGUAAAACAGAAAACAAGAGAGAGAGAGAGAGAGAGAGAGAGAGAGAGAGAGAGCGAGAGAAGCAGACAGACUAAUUUGUGAGGGCAAAUAAAUAUUGAGAGUGUGGGGAGCAGGGUGCACUCAGGAUUGGGUAAGUGUGCAUAGUGUGUGUUUAGGGUUCGCGUUAGCCUUGGGGAUUUAUGUUUAGCGUGUGAAUAGGCAGUGUGUCCCUGGGGUUAUGGAGCACAGUUGUGGCUGAACACAGACUCGAAACUGUUGUGCCACCAUGUCGACGGGCCCUGUGCCCAGAGAGGCCCCUGGGCCCAGGGAGAAGCUAUUGAAGGAGCCUGGGUUGGGGCUGGCCAGUUCGUCCUUGGGCCCUGUCGGCCUGCAGACGCUGCUUGACCUGCUGGUGGGUGUCUAUGAUGAAUUCUGCUCCUCUAGCCCAUCUCGAGAGAAAUAUAUCAUCCGCUUCCUGAACUGGGCGGAGCCCCUGGUGAAACAAGUGAAAAAGACUCGCAUAAAAAGGGAUGACUUCCACAUCUUGAAGGUGAUUGGCCGGGGUACCUUCAGUGAGGUUGCAGUGGCCAGAAUGCGCAGAACCCAGCAGGUCUACGCGCUCAAGAUCAUGAACAAGUGGGACAUGCUGAAACGUGGAGAGACUGCAUGCUACCAGGAGGAGAGGGAGGUUCUGCUUAAAGGAGAUCGGCGCUGGAUUACGGAGCUGCACUACGCAUUCCAGGAUGACAAUUACAUUUACCUAGUAAUGGACUACUAUGUCGGAGGAGACUUGCUGACGUUACUUAGUAAGUUUGGUGACCGUAUUCCUGAGGACAUGGCUCAGUUUUACUUAGCCGAGAUGGUGAUGGCCAUUGACUCUGUUCACAGGCUCGGAUACGUGCACAGGGAUGUGAAGCCUGAUAACAUCCUGCUGACUGCAGAUGGUCACGUGCGACUGGGGGACUUUGGUUCCUGUUUGCAGCUGAAGGAUGACGGCUUGGUUCACUCCUCCCUAGCUGUGGGCACUCCAGACUACCUGUCUCCAGAGAUCCUACGUGCAGUAGAGGGGGCAGGUGGAUAUGGUACUGAGUGCGACUGGUGGGCACUGGGAGUCUGUGCAUAUGAGAUGUUGCUGGGGACAACACCCUUCUAUGCAGAGUCACUCUCUGAAACAUACGCCAAGAUAAUCCACUUCCAGGAUUAUUUUGAGUUCCCUCCGGGAGCUCUAGAGAUCUCAGAGGAAGCACGUGCCCUGAUCUUGGGUCUGCUGUGUGACAGGAGCGAGAGGCUGGGUUCAAAUGGCUCAACUGACUUCAGGAAUCUACCCUUCUUCAGGGGGCUCGACUGGGGCACCCUGCACCAGCUACCCGCCCCAUACCAGCCCGAGGUCUCCAAUGCUACAGACACCUCAAACUUUGACGUGCUGGACGACAGCCUUAGUGAAACGGAGACUCUAAGUGAUGUGAUGGACAGGGCUCCCAUCGGAGUUCAUCUGGCCUUUGUGGGAUACUCUUACACCGCCACCAGAGAAACAGGCGCUGUGGAUCGCAGCCAUGACAUUAUGAUGGAGAUUGACCAGCAGCCACCCACAGAGCAUCUGUACCGGCAGGAGAAACUGAGUCAGGUUUGGCAGCUCAGCGAACCUGUGCUGGCUGAGGUGUCCACACAGAGAGAGUGCCCCCUGGUGCUUGAGCAUGAUACUGCAGAGCUCUCGCUCCCCACAGAGGCAGACCAGGGCAACACACAAACCCAGGAACUGCAAAGGCGGCUGCAGGCGGCUGAGCAGCGUAACAGAGAGCUGGAGCAGGAGGUGCAGGCCCUGCGCGAGGAGCUCCAUGCCCUGAGGAUCCAACUGGAGAAAGAGCUAUGUGUGUGCCCGUCGCCUGCCUUUCUGCCUGCCUGCUGUGUGAAGGAUAGCUCAGCGGUGCCCCCUGCCUGCCAUUACCCGCUAGUAACGCCUCUGCUGCGCCACCUGCUGCUCUUCCACAGGGUGAGUGUGCACUGGCCAAAGGUGAAGUGUGAGUCGUAUCUGCUGGUGUGUGCUGAGGGCGGAGAGCUCCAGAUGUGGCAACGCAAUUGCAGCUCUGAGCUCUCUUGAGCCGCACUGCAUGAGAAGGAUCGGCUGCAUGUGCCCCAGCGCUGCAAUCAGAUUCUCUAGCACCACUUUCCAUACUCUCUCGCCUUUCCGAGAGUCACACUGCUGAUAUGUGCCCCCUCAGUUGGUGAUAAUGAUAUUCAGGAGUACUGUGUCUGCAACUGGUAGUUACAGGGCUCAGUAACCAGUAAGCAUACUUUGUAAGACUUUCCUGUAUACGACUUUGCCUGUUGGUUUGGGUUUUUUGUAAGGCGAACACUUCCGUUCGUAAAUGCGCUUAUGGUGUAAAUGGGUGUAUGGUCUCUCUGCCUAUUUGAUACUCCUUUUUUUCUGCACUAAAUCCUUUCUGUAAUGUAUUGUAAAUGAGCAACAUCAGAUAACUCAGAGUAUGAAAGUGGAAAGUGGACAAUACCACACACAAUGUUAGCUUCACUUACAGACAACCACAAACAAGCACACAGAGAAUGACCACUGGAUUCUGAGUGUACUCCACUAUGUACUCAAAAGAUAAUAUAUUACAGUUUUAUUCUUUAUAGAGCUGGUAUUAUAUUUUUAUGAAGAAAUGUAUUGAAAUGUAUUUCACAUAAAACCAUAGUUUUUGGUGAAUAACAAAUAUUUAUUACAGGGCUAUUGAUUUAUAUUUGAGCCUAAAAUGCUUGAGUGAGUAACUUAAUGUCAUGGUAAACGCAUUAUUGGUUUGUACUUUAAUUAAAGUGUAAUAGAUCAAUUGCAAA